GAGAGAGAGAGCGUGCACAUCGGAAGCGCGCGUCAUUGUAAGAGAGCGCAUCAGUUGCACUCAGAUUUUUAUUAUUUAUAUUUUUUAUGUUCUCAUGAACAGAAUGCUGCUCACUAAGGGAUGACAGAGGAAUUUUCUGACCGAAACAAAAUUUGCGGUCGUUUUCGGAGGCGUGUGCCCUCAUGCCCCUGCAAGUGUGAUCGAGUUAUGGCUGCCUUUAAGGGUGUAUGGACAAAGAGUUUUUGGCGAGCAGUGUCUGGAGAGUUUUUGGCCAUGUUGAUCUUUGUGCUGCUCAGUCUGGGGUCCACUAUCAACUGGGCAGCAACCACAAAGGACAGGACUCACCCUCCUGACCUUGUUCUCAUCUCUCUCUGUUUCGGUUUGUCCAUAGCCACACUCGUCCAGUGCUUCAGCCAAAUCAGCGGCGCCCACAUCAACCCGGCAGUCACAGUGGCCAUGGUGGUCACCCGAAAGCUGAGCCUGGCAAAGGGCAUUUUCUAUUUGGGAGCACAGUGUCUCGGGGCAAUAGUGGGAGCAGCUAUCCUGUAUGGUGUGACUCCUCCUGCUGUGAGAGGGAACCUGGGGGUCACCUCGGUCAGCGCUCAUAUCUCUGCUGGUCAUGCCCUGGUGGUUGAACUCUUCAUCACCUUUGAGCUUGUUUUCACCAUCUUUGCCACCUGCGACCCAAAGCGCACUGACCUGAAGGGCUCAGCAGCGCUGGCUAUCGGCCUGUCAGUGUGCAUCGGUCACCUUUUUGCUAUCCCGUACACUGGUGCCAGUAUGAAUCCUGCUCGCUCAUUCGGUCCUGCAGUCAUCACGGGACACUGGGAAAACCACUGGGUGUACUGGUUGGGUCCAUUAAUGGGAGGUGUCCUGGCAGCAGCCCUAUACGAGUACCUGUUCUGUCCUGACCCUGACCUGAAGAGACGCUAUGCCAGCAUCAUCUCUAGGACCUCCUUUCCCACUGCUCAGUACAAAGGCUUGGAGCCAGGCACUUUCUCCAGUGACCAAACUCAGUUGAUGAUCAAGCAGCCAGCAUUCACAGUGUUCGAUGUGGAGCGUGCUGAGAGGAAGGAGAGAGAGACAGCUGGCGAGGUGCUGUCCUCUGUAUGACGAUUAAGGUGCACUGAGGAAGAAGAGCUGAGCUCUAGACACUACACCACCAGCCAGAUCAAAGAGACCGAACUGAUAUAGAGGUGUGUGUGUGUGUGUGUGUGUUUGUGCGUGUGUGUAGUGUGUGUAGUGUGUGUGUGUGUGUGUGUGUGUGUGUGUGUGUGCAAGGGCCCUGACACACCAAGCUGAUGAUGACUACCUCACAUGUUCUGUAAAAGUCCCACUGACAUACUGUAGUGUACAGCACAUGUUCUGUUUCUGUACAAAAGCACAAAAUUAUCCACACCAGGACAUAGUAAUAAUGUGUUUCUUUAUCAAAAAAAAUCAAAAACCUGAAUCAGCCAGUAGCACAAGUCUAUGUUCCUAGCACUGGCAUGAGUGCCUAUAGUGGCGAACUUUUAUACAGUGCUCUGCUUUACUAUAUAGCCAAAAGUUCAUGGACACGUGACCAUCACACCCAUGUGUGCUUGUUGAACAUCCUGUUCCAGAUUUAGUCUCCUUUUGCUGUUAUAAUAACCUCCUCUCUUCUGUGAAGACUUUCCACUAGAUUGUGGAUGUGGCUGUGGGGAUUUGUGCUUAUUCAGCCACAAGAGCUUUACUGAUGUUAGGUGAGGAGGCCUGGUGUGCAGCUGCCAUACACCCAACACAAUAAACAGCCACUGAUGUGCUCCUACUGAAGUGGCCUUGACAAAGUGCUUUAGAUAUUUAACUACAUGUGAAAGUUUCAUUUGUUUUUUGAGCGUGUUCAGUAUGGUUUGGCUAUAAGGUCAUGGUUACAGUUAUACUACUGUUAGUGAAUUGACACGUACACCAAAUUUUACUUCCUCAGUGCACAAAAUAAGAAGAACCCCCAAUGCCUUACUUUCUCUCUCUUGCACUUUCCUACACAUUCAUAGACUAUCAUUCAUAGACUAUCACACACUUUCUCUCUUUGGUACAGAUUCGAAAGUUUAAAUAUGUUAGAUGCACAUGUUGUAUAUAGCUGUAGGUAUAAACUAUGUUCAUUUGGUGUGGUAAUGAUUGAUGACUGGUAACUAAUUUAGUAUUUAUUAGUUACUAAAUUAGUAUCCACAAUGAACUGUCAACUUAGUAUAUACAGUAUACAGUUGGGGACAAAUGUUUGUAUCUCUAUUUUGCAGCAAAAGAAAAGUUAAAUAUUUGGCAUGACUCUAAGUCUACAGACCCAGUUUUUGCUUUUUUUAAGUAGCUAAUUAUUUCUUAAUAUACACUAUUUGAAAAAAAAUUGUUACUUGUGGAAAUAAAGCGACAUCUG